UUCAUGUUUUAACACAUAGUUUAAAAGAAAAAGAAAAACUAACCUCACAUUUAGUUUUAUUAAUAACUUAAUUUUUUUUUAGGAUGUAUUUCGUUGCUUUUUGUGAGGAUUGAUGUUAGACGGUAGCGAAAAGUUGGGUAGAUGAAGAUACAAAACUAAUUAAACGGCCUCCUCAAAACGAAAAUGCGACAACUGCUUGUAAAAGAAGAAUAGACCCCAAGAGUAACUGGCUGCAGAUAAAAUAUACAAGGCUGCUUGGACCAUACAAAACCUUUGAUACGGCAAGACAAGUAGAAAUGGCUGCUGUUCAUUUGGCAACAAGUGACGAAACUACCGUUCUGAAUAUUGAUGACAAGGAAAAUAAUCCAUCAAAGCGUACGAGGCAACUACUGUUACGUUAUCAAAAAUCCGAGGAGUCGAGCGACGAUAAUGAAGAAGAAUUACCCUUUGUUCUUGCUGAAGGUGAUAAAAGUUCUCAAGCUCCACAACAUAUUUUUAUUAAGAAAAAUAAUGGAAGUAAUGACGAUGCCAAGAACAAUAAUUCAACUCAACUAGACAAUGCUUCCAAAGACAAGAUGCCUAAUGAGAUCAUACAUCAGAAAAACAGUGAAAAAAAACAGUGGUUACUAACAAUAAUGCAACUCAGCCUGGUUCUGAGGGACAAAAACAAACUGCUGCCAACCAAUUUGAUGCGCCAGUUUGUCCCUGCUGUCACAAAACUUAUUGAACUUAGAAAAGUAGCUGAUGGAAAAAAACACGUCCGGGACGUAUUAGCAUUUAUUUUAGAUAAUAACUUCAGUUGUAAACUGUCCUGGAGCGGUUAAAAAAAAACUAUAUCCCUGAAGGAGAUGAAUUUCGUGAACAUUCUGACAAGCACUAUCAUUAAGUGUAAUCCACGGUGCACAUUAGCAGAACUUAAUGACGCAAUAAAAAAUUGGCUUCAACAUGCCAGUGAUCGGGUUAAGUAUACGAAUGAGAAACACCAAGCACUGAACAAAGAGUAACAUAAUGAAACUAUUUAACUAUUUUCUUCUUUCUUUUCUCUCAAUUAAACAAAUAAUUUAUUUCUUUUGCUUUAUGUA